AUGUUUAGAAAAGAUGAAGAACCGAAUUCGUUCCUCAUCGUUUCGGAACGCAUUGACAACAGGGGAUGGUUUUGUGCCAUGUCCUGUCCUGCCGGAGCCAAGCGAGUCGUCAAGAAGUUCCAUGCACAUUCUCAGAGAGAAGGAGCAGGUUUCAUAGUCAGACGUCCUAUAGGAGGAAGCAGCUUGUCAGAUCAAGAAGCGGAUCCCUUCCUUCUCCUAGACGAGCUUCCGAGAACCAACUAUGCUCCUGGCGAAUUUCCAGGCGCGCCAUGGCAUCCCCACCGUGGGUUUGAUACCGUGAUGUAUAUGAAGGAAGGACGUGGCGAUCACGAAGACUCGAUGGGAAACAAAGGAUCGCUCACGGAUGGUGAUUGCCAAUGGAUGACAGCAGGAGCUGGUAUCCUCCACAACGAGGGAACAAACCAUCCGGGAGGAUAUCUGCAUGGCUUCCAGUGCUGGAUCAACCUGCCCAAAGAGAAGAAAAUGACGCCUCCGGCUUAUCAGGACAUCAGAUCUUCUUCCAUCCCGGUUGUCACAUGUAACGACAAGGUCAAGGCGAAAGUCAUUGCUGGGUCUUGCGCUGGUCAGGAUGCUGUGUGCCAAACCAUCAUCCCCGUACAGUACAUCGACUUCAUGGUCCAGCCGGGCGGAGAAUUCACGCAUGAUGUGCCGGCUGAAAUGGAGACGGUCAUCUUUUAUGUCUACAAGGGUUCGGCCAUGUUAGGCCCCGAACAAGUCGUGGCCAAAGAGGGGGACACCUGCUUGCUUGAUCCUCGAGGAGGCACCAAGGUUUGGUUUAAGGAAAGUCAGAAUGAGGAACUUGGCUUCCUGCUCCUGGCUGGGAAGCCGAUCCGAGAGCCCAUUUCGCGGUAUGGACCUUUUGUGAUGAACACGAAGGAAGAGAUCAGGCAAGCCUUUCUCGACUACCAGAGUGGCCAACUUUGCAAGAUCAAGGGAACCAUGAGAAAGAUUUGA